CCGACAUUUUUGUCCACUAUUGCCUCUCUCGCGGCUGGAGUUUUGGCUCUUCGGCCUCCGUAUCAUUCCCGCUGAAAGGGCAAAAUGGUCAAAAUGUUCUUCUACUUUGUGUUGUGAUAUUGAACCCGUCGUCGCCCCUGCUCCUUCCGCCGUCUCUGUACCCCGAUCGAUUCAGCUCCGUUUUUGGGCUUCUGUCAGUUUCGGAGAAGCUUGGUGUAUCACGUCAAUUGACUAGCUUGUCAGUUUCCCGGGUUCUUAGUUUUCUUUGCAGUUUUAAGAUUCAGGAUGUUUUGAUUGUUCUUUCGGUAUCUUUUGCUCGGUAACUAAACGGAGAAUUUAUGUGCCAGACAUGGCUGCUCUGAUCGUUACUGAUUCUGCAAAAUUUUGUGAUGGGUACAUCAUCUGGUUCUAACAUCUACCAGUCCUCAUUGAAAAUGGUUCCCCCACGCCAGCAACUGCGAGCUGAAGGGCUGCAAACAUCACUGUCCCUGCUUUCUUCUGAUCCUCGAUUUUCUUCUGAUGGCCACGAACCUAGAUCAAACUCUGAUAAUAUGCGGGACUCCCCUACUGAAAGUGCCAGCUCCCACGAGACCUGGCCUAUUGCUGAUGCUGUUGCGGCAAAGAAGUUGGAAAAUGGGAAAGCAGAGGUUGAAUGUGCUGAACAAUCUGUUAUUCGCCGUGUCUCUAGUGCAGAGAAGAUAUCUUUACGAGACAUAGUCCGAGAAAGAGUGGAUUUAAUCUCUGAAAAAAUGCAUCGACUACCCGAUGAGUAUCUAGAGGAGCUAAAGGGAGGACUUCGUGCUAUCCUUGAAGGGACUGGUGGUUCUCAGCAUCGAGAGGAAUUUUUAAUUUUGCAAAAACUCGUUCAGAAUAGAUCUGAUUUAACAGCUAAGACAUUGCUUAGAGCUCACCGUGUACAGCUCGAAAUCCUUGUUUCCAUCAAUACUGGAAUUCAGGCAUUUUUGCAUCCAAGCAUCAGUCUCUCUCAAACAUCCCUUAUUGAGGUCUUCGUGUUCAAGAGGUGCAGAAAUAUUGCAUGCCAAAACCAGCUUCCUGCUGAUGAUUGUACUUGUGAAAUAUGCACAAAUAGAAAUGGGUUUUGCAAUCUUUGCAUGUGUACGAUCUGCAACAAGUUUGAUUUUGAAGUGAAUACAUGCCGUUGGAUUGGUUGUGACUUGUGUUCUCACUGGACUCACACUGAUUGUGCCAUCCGUGAAAGACAAAUUUGCAUGGGCACUUCUGUUAAAAGUGGAGCUUGCCCUACUGAAAUGCUUUUCCAAUGUCGGGCAUGCAAUCGGACAUCUGAAUUGUUAGGUUGGGUUAAAGAUGUAUUUCAACAUUGUGCACCAGCCUGGGACCGUGAUGUUCUGAUGAGGGAACUUGAUUUUGUUUGUAGAAUCUUCGGUGGAAGCGAAGACCCUAGGGGAAGGAAACUCUUUAUGAAGUGUCAGGAUCUUAUAGAAAAGAUGAAGGGGGGACUUCCUGAGUCAGUAGCAUGCAGAGCAAUAUUGAUGUUUUUCCAAGAGCUUGAGGUUGACUCUCCAAAGAGUAUGGAAAAUGGAGAGGGUGGCCGGCUGAUAGGCCCACAGGAGUCAUGCAACCGAAUUGCUCAAGUGGUACGAGAGGCUGUACAGAAGAUGGAGAUGGUUGCUGAUGAGAAGUUGAGAAUGUUCAAGAAAGCCUGCAUGUUUCUCGAGGCUUGUGACAAAGAGCUUGAGGACAAGGCCAGGGAAGUGACCGAGCUAAAGUUGGAGAGGCAGAAAAAGAAGCUACAGAUAGAAGAGCUGGAGAAAAUUGUGAGGCUUAAGCAAGCAGAGGCUGAUAUGUUCCAGCUGAAGGCCAAUGAGGCAAAACGGGAAGCUGAGAGACUGCAGAGGAUCGCUCUCGCCAAGACUGAUAAAUCUGAGGAAGAAUAUAAAAACAGUUAUUUAAAACUUCGUUUGAGCGAGGCUGAGGCCGAAAAACAGUAUAUGUUUGAGAAGAUCAAGCUGCAGGAAAGUUCACGUGCGUCACAAGGCUGUGCUGGAGGUGACCCUUCACAGGCCUUGAUGUAUUCCAAAAUCCAUGAUUUGCUACAAGGGUACAAUAUCAAUUCUAAAGCAGAACCCCAGUCAAAUGAACGUCAUCCCUUCAGAACAAACCCCUGAGCAAUGCUUCAUGACAUGUAAUAUAUUAAGUUAGCUAUCUGAUUUGAGGAAUGCUUCUUUGUUAGUAUUAACAAGGUGGGAUUUGGUUUUAUCUGUUAUUAACUCUUCAGUGAGAUUGCUUUAAGAUACUGGGAUUUGUUUGAGCUAUUUGGAUAUCUAAAUGGUCCUCGUGUUGUAUGUUUAUAAAUUUAUUUAUUUUGCUUAAAUCCACAUUUGUAUUUCUUUCUAAGUUGUAUAGGCAACAUCCGCAACAAUUAUGAUAGAGAUCUCAGAAGUUGGUUUCUCAA